UACAGUGGGCUGGACCCAAGUGGUGGACCUGACAGUGUUUCUCCCAUUAAAUUACCAUCAACAUUACUCAGAGCUUUAAGUGAUGUCUUCAAACUUUUUUUCAAAACCCCAAAAGAAAUGUAAUUUACAAUGAAGUAGAACAGAGAAAAGCAGAUGGAUUUUAGCAUUUGUGCUGCUUAUAACAAUGUGUCUUUAUAGUGUUGCAUUAGUGACUUCUUGAAGUCAACAGUCAUUUGGAAAUAAUACGUCUCACAUCAGUGUUUAAAAAUAGUACAUGGCUAUUAAGAGAGCAGAACUUUCUUGACUGCUUAUGUCAGCACAGGGGAUAGUCAAUAUCCUAAACAUGACGGUUCACACCCAUACAGUUGGCAGAAAUCCACUUUUAUCCUGCCUGUUGUUUACUAGAGGCUUCCAGCCUUCUCAGCUGCUGAUAUGUCACCACUGAACUUAACUGGCCAAAAUCUGGGAAUGUGGGAGUAACAACAAAGGCAGACGUUAAUGGCAGUCAUGUCUUGGAGACGUGAGCUGUAUCCGAGGCUUGUGACAGGUUAGUGGAAGGGGCCUGACCAGAGGGCUACUCAUCUUCCAAAUACUGCCACUGGAACUGUGAGGUGUUGCCUCUUAAAAUAGCCUGACAGAGAGUAUAAGUGGAUCCGCCAGGAGCCCUGGCCCUCAGAGGAACAGCUCCCCUGUUGCAGACACGAUAGCAAGAGAAGAACUGGCUGAUUUUUCGACAAGAAAACAACUGACCUCAUAUUUAAGAGAAUCUGCCCUGAUUUUUAAGACUUGAAGAAAGUCAAACGUAAUUGUUAGGAAAGGGUUUUGCUGGAAUUUGCCAUUUUUUUGCAAGAACAAACAGAAGUCUGACUGAGCAGGAUGAAGUACUAUCAAUGCCCUGUCCCCCUGACUGUAGGAAUCAAGGCUUACACCAAGGACUGUGGUGUCCCAGUCAGCUGCAAAGGAUCUGCUUAUCUGAAGUCACUGCGCAGUGUGCACUUCCCCAAUGACAUUAUUUUCCAGGACUAUGUACGACACGGUGAGCUGGAGAGGAUAGGACGUUUCAUCCGGGCCAAGAGAGUCAACCUGGACACCAUCUACUCCUCUGGCAUGGCUGCUAUUCAUGAGGCUGUCCUAUCUGGGAACCUGGAGUGUGUGAAGCUGCUGGUGCAUUAUGGAGCAGAUAUCCACCAAAGAGAUGAGGAGGGAUGGACCCCGCUGCACAUGGCCUGCAGCGACAGCUUCCCACACAUUGCACGCUACCUGCUCUCGCUGGGUGCUGACCGUGAGCUGGAGAACGACUGUGGGCAGAAGCCAGCUGAUCUCAUUGACCCGGAGAACAAGGAGCUGCUGGAGCUCUUUGGGUUGGCAGCCAAUGACUGAAAUCAUUGGCUACCAACUCAUGUGACACCUACUGCCCAGUCAUGUGACUUCUCUGCAGUAAUGGAGUGGAAGGGCCAUGUCAGUCCAGUAUCCUGACACAUGUCUGGAGGUCAAGGACUGUGGAUGCCUGGUGGAAAGAGGAAUGGCAGAGCCUGGUGGCUGCCUCCUGAGUGGAGUGAUCUUUUGCUGGUGAGGGGCUCCCCUCUGAUCAGCAGUGCAGUUUUACUGUAUCUGUAACAGCUUCAGAUCCUUUCACUGAUUUUAAGUAGUUAAUUUUAACUGGAAUUAGGAGAAACUUAAAACUGUUAUUGCUACUUUGCUCUUUAGCACGCCAUCCUUUGUACACCAAGAUUAGGAAAACCAAGCAGGCUUGUGUUGACUGCCUUAUUAGCAAAUGUUUACAGCUGAUCAGAAGUGACUCAACAAAUGUUUUUGUC